AAUAACAUAAGAAUAAAAUAAAGAAAUUGAGGGGAAAAUGGAUUAAUAAAGAAAUUGAAUGGUGGGGAGGAAAGGACAAAUACAAGUGGAGAACCAAAACAGCACUACGAAAGCCAUAAGAGAAAACGAUUUGUGUAUAAAAUCACACACGCACAAACAACACACACUUGUAGUAAACUUAACUCCCCUAAAAUAAAGUAAACUUAACUAAUAGUUGAAAAAGAAGAACCUUUCUUUGACCAAAGACCAAACUCCAAACAAACAACUAUCAAAUAUAUUAAUAAACAAUAGUAAAAAGAAACAAAAGUAUUAAAAAGAAGAAAAAAGCAAAAUCCGUGACGUCACCUUUCAUUUGACUAUUCCCAUUCUCUUUCUUAACACCUUUGUUUUCCCACUUUCAUCAAACACCUCUCCUUCUCUCACUUCUUUCUCUCUCUCUCUAAAACUCAGUUUAACUCGUUUCGAAAAACAAUGGUGCUGGACGAUUUCUCGGUGACAGUUCCGAGUUAUUUCCGAUGCCCGAUCUCUCUGGACCUGAUGAAAUCCCCCGUCAGCCUCUGCACCGGCGUCACCUACGAUCGGAGCAGCAUCCAGCGGUGGCUCGACGGCGGCAACAACACCUGCCCCGCCACCAUGCAGGUGCUCCAAACCAGAGACCUCAUACCCAACCACACGCUCCAACGACUCAUCAAAAUCUGGUCCGACUCGGCUCUGACUCGCUCCUCCGACUCGCCUCCUCCGCCGCGCGACUCGCUCACCUGCACCCAGGCCGCCGAGCUCACCCGCCACCUCGAGACCGAUCUACAGAACGUUCAGAAGCAUUCUCCGUUCCGCUCCUCCGUAAUCACGCGGAACCUCGGCAGGCUCAUUUCGUUCGCCGCGGAAUCGGAGGAGAACGGUAGGUUUGCGGCGGCGGCGGCCGGCGGCCGGAUUCUGCCAUUGCUUGUGUCUCUUAUUGGGAGGGUGAGAGAGUUGAGUUUUUUGGAGAAAAUUGUAGUGAUGUGCAACGUUUUGCUGAAGAAUCGGACGAAAAUCGAUUCGGAAGGAUUGAAAUCGAGGAUCGAAAUUGGGAAUUGUGAUUUGAAGGCGUCGAUAAUUAAUGGAUUGAAACAAGGAAGGCUGGAUCUAAGAAUAGCAUUGGUCAAAUUUCUCGAGCUUAUGGAAAUUAAUUAUUCUUCUUCUUCUUCUUCGUCAAUUUCAGAAGACGAAGAGAUUUACAGCGAGCUGCUGAGAUUAAUUUCAACCUCAGAUUGGAAUCCAGACGCAAUCGACGCAUCCUUGAGUUUUCUGACUCGUUUGGCGCUAAUUAGGCGGAACAGAGCCAAAAUUGUUGCCGCCGGAGGGGUUAAGGUGCUGGCGGCGGCGCUGGCGGAGGCGGAGAUGAGUGCGCGAACGACGGAGAAGGUGCUGAAGCUACUGGAGAUGGCUUCCGGAUGCAAGGAAGGGAGGAGCGAGAUCUGCGCGAGCGAAGUGUGCGUGCGGGCGAUAGUGAAGAAGUUGAUGAAGGUGUCGACGGCGGCGACGGAGCACGCGGUGACGGUGCUGUGGAGCCUGUGCUGCCUGUUCGGCGACAAGAGGGCGGCGGCGGCGGUGGUGGAUGGGAACGGGGUGGCGAAGGUGCUGCUGCUUCUGCAGAGCAAUUGCUCGCCGGCGGUCAGGCAAAUGUGCGCCGAUCUGCUUAGGGUUUUCAGAUGUAGCGGCUCAAAAAAUUCUUGUGUUUCUUGCUAUGAUUCUAAAACCAGUCACAUUAUGCCAUUUUGAUUCAUACAUCGAUACCAUUAGCUUCUUUUUUUUUUUUUGUUUGUUAAAUGUAAAUGUAAAAGCAAUUUUGUCGAGAAAAAAAAUAUAGUGAAGAAAAAAAAAUAUUGAAUUUGUUUGAUUAUUAUUAUUAUAUUUUUGAAUAAGAUUAAAUGAUGGUUGAUUUGGAUGGUGA